CCCUAGACGCCGACCAUGGCGGCUGCCGCAGCGGCGAACCUCGCGGGCCGGCCCGGCGUGCGCGUCGUCGUCAUCGGCGACCCCGGCACCGGCAAGUCCAGCCUCGUCGUCGCCGUCGCCACCGAGCAGUUCCCCGAGAACGUGCCCAAGGUCAUGCCCCACACGCGCCUCCCCGCCGACUACUUCCCCGACCGCGUGCCCAUCACCAUCAUCGACACAUCAUCCAGCCCGGAGCAGAAGCCCAAGCUCAUCGCCGAGUGCCAGGCCGCCGACGCCGUCGUGCUCACCUACGCAUGCGACAGGCUAUCCACGCUCGAGAGGCUCAGCACCUACUGGCUCCCCGAGCUCAGGCGCAUCCAGCUCAAGGCGCCUGUCAUCGUCGUCGGCUGCAAGCUCGACCUCAGGGACGACCAGCAGAACAGCCUCGAGCAGACCAUGGCGCCAAUCAUGCAGUCCUUCCGUGAGAUCGAGACAUGCAUCGAGUGCUCUGCGCUGCGCCAGAUCCAGGUGCCCGAGGUCUUCUACUAUGCGCAGAAGGCAGUGCUUCACCCCACAGCCCCUCUAUUUGACCAAGAGGCGCAAUCUCUUAAGCCACGCUGCGUGAGGGCUCUCAAGCGCAUUUUCAUCCUCUGUGACCAUGACAGGGAUGGAGCUCUCAGCGAUGUGGAGCUCAAUGACUUUCAGGUCAGAUGUUUCAGCGCUCCUCUCCAGCCUACUGAAAUUUCAGGCGUCAAGAGAGUUGUUCAGGAGAAGAUGCCUGAAGGCGUAAAUGACAGCGGCCUUACCCUGACUGGCUUCCUUUUCCUUCAUGCUCUUUUUAUCGAGAAAGGUCGUUUGGAAACUACAUGGACUGUAUUGAGGAAGUUUGGUUAUGAUAAUGAAAUCAAGCUUAGAGAUGACUUCAUUCCGACCUCAAUUAAGCGUGCUCCUGAUCAGACGCUGGAAUUUACAAAUGAAGUGGUUGAUUACCUGAAAGGAAUAUUCCACAUGUUUGACAUAGAUAAUGACGGAGCUUUGCUACCUUCUGAGUUGGAGGAUCUUUUUUCAACAGCACCUGAAAACCCGUGGACUUCUGAUCUAUAUAAAGACUGUGCUGAUAGGAAUGUCUUGGGUGGGUUAUCACUUGAAGGAUUUCUUUCUAAGUGGGCUCUUAUGACACUUCUAGAUCCAGCAAAUAGUUUCGCCAACCUUGUAUAUGUUGGCUAUUCGGGUGAUUUCAAUUCAGCAUUUACCAUCACAAGGAAAAGACGAGUGGACCGUAAAAAGCAGCAGACUCAAAGAAAUGUGUUCCAGUGUUAUGUUUUUGGUCCCAAAGGCGCUGGAAAGACUGCAUUGCUACAAUCCUUCCUUGGAAGGCAACCUUCUGAGGCUGUACCAAUCAAUAGCGACCGGUUUGCAGCAAACACUGUUGAACUGUCUGAUGGGACUAGAAAGACACUUAUACUGCGAGAGAUUCCUGAAGGUGAUGUCAGAUCAUUGCUAAAUAACAAGGAAUCCUUAGCACCCUGUGACGCAGCAGUAUUUGUCUACGAUAGCUGUGAUGAAUUUUCUUGGCAAAGAGCGAGAGAUUUGCUUGUCCAAGUGGCUACACAUGGAGAAAACACUGGCUAUGAGGUUCCUUGCCUUAUUGUUGCUGCCAAGGACGAUCUCGACCAAUCUCCAGUGGCUCUACAAGAAUCAACCAGAGUUAGCCAAGACAUGGGAAUCGAAACACCAAUUCCUAUUAGUGUUAAGUUGAAAGACUUGAACAAUAUUUUCUGUAGAGUUGUUCAUGCAGCACAGCGACCCCAUUUGAGCAUUCCAGAGACUGAAGCUGGUAAAUCACGCAGGCAAUACCGUCAACUUCUGAAUCGCUCCCUCAUGGUUGUUUCAGUUGGAGCUGCUAUAGGAGUCGUGGGAGUAGCUGCCUACAGGGUUUAUGCGGCUAGGAAGAGCUCGUCGUCAUGAAGCCCUCGCGGACAGUGGUGAAAUAAGCGUGUACUACGGGCAGGUUCAUCGUCCAUCAAGUGGGAUCGUCUAGCUUGAUGUGUAUUGCUUGUCGAACGUGCUGUUUAUGUACAGUUGGGUCAUGAAAAGAUAACCUGUGGUUUACAAUUUAGUUUUGGAUGGUAUAAUGUACGGCAGUCAUCAGGCUCUGUUAGAUGCUUUAGUUGAUUGACUGUCAUGACUGGUUAGCUCUGUCAAAAUUUUACCACUGCCCUAAUUUUUUUGGCCACAAUGCAGUACUCAACUUCUUUCCCCGUUACUUUUGAACAUUUAUUAUAUGUUUCUUUUAAUGCUGAAGAUGCAGUUUGAACA